AUGUCGACGUUCGAACCCGUCGUUGUCAUUGACGGCAAGGGACACUUGCUCGGUCGUCUCGCCAGUACCGUCGCAAAGCAACUUCUCAAUGGCCAGAAGAUUGUUGUCGUUCGAACCGAAGCCCUCAACAUCUCUGGCGAAUUCUUCCGUGCUAAGCUCAAGUACCAUGCCUACCUCCGAAAGAUCACUCGUUACAAUCCCACUCGAGGCGGUCCAUUCCAUUUCCGUGCCCCUAGUCGCAUCUUCUAUAAGACCGUCCGAGGCAUGAUCCCACACAAGACCGCCCGCGGAGCAGCUGCCUUGGAAAGACUGAAGGUCUUCGAGGGUGUUCCUCCUCCAUACGACAAGAAGCAGAGAGUCGUGGUUCCCCAGGCUCUCCGUGUCCUCAGAUUAAAGCCUGGCCGAAAGUACUGCACAGUUGGCCGAUUGGCUCAUGAGGUCGGCUGGAAAUACCAAGACGUUGUUGCAAGACUCGAGGAGAGAAGAAAAGUCAAGGGCUCCGCAUACUACGAGCGAAAGAAGGCCGCACGAAGACAGCUUGCCGAAGCACAGAAGUCCUCAUCGGACAGCAAGGCGAAGCAGGAGUUGGCCAAGUUGGGCUACUAG